AUGUCGAACUCACGUCUACUCGGAUUCCGAUAUGACGAGCUGUACGAGAACUUGGACAAGCAUCUCUCGGAACUCAGAUCCUUGCCGCUCCAAACACUCUCCGCCCGUGACGGUGGAUGGACACCGCUAGAUGCAUUCGGCGAGAUCUAUCGGAUCUGGUAUUUUCCAGACCUUCCUCCGCGUGAUAUAAUCGUUGAGACUUUCGAUUUCCCGGACGGUUUCAAGCCCCGCUUCGAAGAAUCCCCCGAUUCAAUUCGAAUUCUAGCCGACGACCCGAACAAGGUCCCGCCAGAUGACAUAGGGUUCAUUGAAUAUCACAAGAAAACCGGGCGUGUCGUGUUGUUUAACGCCGAUCCUCCAUCUCAUCUCCCGCCCGUACCUCCUCACGACAACACUUGCCCAGGAAAGUAUGAAUGGGUCGGUAUUCAUAGAUACUACAUCAACCGAGCAGUUUUUAUCAUGGCGCUCGCGGGGUAUAGGAUCAAUAUUGAGACGAAGUACUCUGUGUGGGAAUUUUUCAAGAGACCGGGAAGCGAAUACCUCUCUUGCUCCGUAACAGAAACUGAUAAGCAUCUGGAAGGUCGUGGAGCGGGAAAAGAAAACACGGAUGGCGAGACCAGUUUGUCUCUGAGGACAUGCCUGUCUGUGAGCUUGAGACCUCGAGAAGCGCAGCCCGCCAUUUUCAUGACGUGGCUCAGUGUUGUAUUCGAUAUACAGGGACUGUCCGAUGCCUCGAGACUCUGCGAAACGCCCGCAGGAGACAUAAUGCUGGACGCCGAGCUGACCGGGAAGCUCUAUGUUGAUGGUUUACAGGUCCUACUCCCCUACAUCUCUAGAGGAACAUUCCGUUAUCGCUAUAACCUCCGCCAGUUCCGGGUCGGCAGUGGCGAUGGGCGCGUCCCGGAUAUCCCUAAACGUGUAGCCGCCAUCUGGAAGGAAGCAAUCCAGCAAAGAGAAGAUGCGUUUCUUCCAAAAUACGUGGAGAUCCUUUCCGAAACACCACAUUAUUUGGAUGUUCGUCAUGCAGACAAACAUGUGGAUUCCGCCACGGCGAAGAAAAUUUGGCACUUCCUGCAAACUGGGGUUGAUAAGGGGAAAUUCUUUUACUGGGGAAGAGAGGGAAAGGAGGUCGAGAGUAUCAUCCAAAGCUUUGGAAAGGAACCGAAAGUCAUAUCCGAAGUCCUGUGGAAUAUUCUUCGCAACGCAUGUCUCAUUCGAACCCCUGAGGAAGAGCAGAUCGAACUGUUGAAGAAAUUUAGGGAGGCACCUUCAACAGUCCGACUAGAAUCUGUGUUCUCGAAAAAUGUGCGACACUUACUCGAAGCGUCUUUCAAGAUAGACAAGGAAACAGAGAACAUCAAAGUCAUGUUCGUUGAUUGCGGCGAGAAUCCCAUUUCCGUCGACUAUGAGAAUGAUCUCCUCAAUAUAAACAGCAAAUGGCUGGACUACAACGUCAUUCACGAAGACUAUCCCUGCAGAAUCUCAUCCAGCAAGGACAAUGAGCCUGGCGAUUACUUCUACUGUGACCACAUUGUGGAGCAGCUAUACGAGCAAUCGCUCCAACAGUUAUGCAAGGUUAUGAGCACGUCUCCGAUUCAGAAGCGAUGGAGAAAGAUGUCUCGGACACUUCGUGAGAAACUGGAAGAGAUGCCGCGCCGGGUCAUAGCCCAGAAAACCUCCAGUCCAAAUGGAGGGACCGUCGCUGUGAGUUGGGAACUCGAGCUCUCUGGGCGAGUUUUGUCUCGCCUUGGCGAAGAGAUCGAAUACUGUGUCAUCCUACAUGACCACGGUUGUGCUUUGGAAUCUUCGGAGAUAAUAUUCAGAGGCAGUCAGUCAUUGGCAGAUAUCUGCAAGACUUGCGCGGACGGUUCUGUGGAAGAAAUACCCGGCUCCCAUACUGGUCUCUGUGGCUGUCAGAUGCGAUUAGUAACGCCUGCGGCUUCAAGCUGCUCUGUCACGUUCUUGGUCCCAGUCUCGUCUACGAUUUACUAUCCACAGGUCGCCCGGAAUGACCCGGUAGCAAUCUAUGUACCAGCUCUUGAGACGGUUGAGCCACACAAUCCCCACGAAACAGGCCAAACCAAAGAGUCCCCAAAUGAAAAGAAUGCUUGUGGUCACGGCGACGAGCACAUCCCGUGGGCUUGUCAUGUCGACAUCAAAUAUGAAAGACAGUGGGAGGCUUGGGAGGCCGUCGAAUUUCCGACGCUCUUUCGCUCGUUCAGCUUUGAAGAAUAUAACCCAAAAUUUCAAGUCCGUUCUUUAAUGGCUUUGGACAACGGCAGGCUUCGGGAUAGAUUCGAGGUAGACGACUUCCUUCGCGUAUCCAUGCCACUUGAUACGGGGGUCCAGUAUAUUCUUCACAUCCAUAGCAUCUUCCCGCCAAACCCAAGCCAGCCUGGAGACGAAGGGACUCUACUAGCCACACGCUACUCGUAUCGCUGCGAAACUCCCUGGUUUGGGGGUGAUGGGUAUCCAGGAAUCGUCAACAGAAACGAGGUCAUCCUCCACUUCAAAGACUUCACUUCAAUGGGUAGUAGACACGAUGCGAGUCUCGUGCCGAUUGAAAUGAUCAGUAAAGUCUGGUCUGCCGAGCUGCGACAUACGGUCGACGUUCCCGAUGACUUGGACGCCAAUGGGCUAUACUAUCACUACUGCCGGUUUGCCGUAAGAUCUGAUGGAUCUGACGAUACAGUCUGCCUGAUGCCAAUUGCAUCUCACCUACUCCCGCGUACAAACCGGUGGCAUAACCCCUGGUAUAACCAACAAUCAAAGCCCGAAGUGCUUGACUUGACACCGGGGGUUCUCGGGCUGGCUGAAGGUUUUUACCAGGCUCAAUGUAAUGUCCACUCAGGAUUCAAUUUUGACCCGAGUGCACAUCUGACAUGGCGGUCCGCCUACAAUGUCGCAACAACUUACGACGGGACGAUGAAGGGCAUUGUCGAGGACAUUAAUUCUCGCAAGCUACUCGGAGUCGACGACAUAUCACGAGGCACUCCACUCGUCGCAACCCUGAGCAUCCCAGACAAGGGAAUUGCGCAACGGAAAGAGCAGAUAACGGAAAAUAUUCAAAUUUUGCUUAACAUCGACGAACUUCUAUCACUCUCUCCUCGGCCUGAUUUCUUAGUCGUCACAUGCCCAAUCUGGAUCCUCCACAAGGAUGCGCACAACCGUUUCAGCCACGCAAUUCACAGCUUACUGCGGCAUCGUUAUGGUGUCCACAUAGCAAAGGUCAAAUUCCGCCCACAUGGGAUCCCCCGCGACGAAACAAUGCUAGUGCUUGUAGCGUCAUCCAAUCUUCGUUCAAUUGCAAGCACCCGUCCGCAGAAGCAGAUGUCUACAACCAUUCUACCGGACUCCGCCCAUCCCAUCCCGAGCCACAACCGCUGGGAGACGCAAUUGAUAUGA